GUCGCACAUUCGUCAGGUUGGAGAGGUGGAAAUCCCAAGUGGUGAAAUGGGUUGAACUGACGCCAUAUUCAACAAAAGAUGGCAGCGACAUUUUGUGAGAUAGACAUCGAGGACCUUGUGUUCUAUGAACGAUGUGGUGGCGGUACGUUUGGCAGCGUGUACCGGGCUUUGUGGAAGUCGCAGAACAUGAUUGUGGCUGUCAAGAGACUUCUGAUGCUCGAGAAGGAGGCCCAGGUUCUGAGUGUUGUAAGUCAUCGGAACAUAAUCCAGUUUUACGGCGCCGUCACUGCCGACCCCAACGUGUGCCUUGUUACUGAAUACGCACCCAACGGUUCUCUCUAUGCCUACCUCACUAACCCUGAAAAUCAGCUGGAUUUUCAACAGAUUCUCACCUGGGCCAAGGAAAUUGCCACAGGGAUGCACUAUCUACAUUGUGAAGCUCCGGUCAAGGUGAUACAUAGAGACCUCAAGUCCAAGAACGUCGUCAUAUCUGAGGACUGGUCUUGUAAGCUGUGUGAUUUUGGUGCUUCCAAGUUCAUCGGCAGUACAACUAGGAUGUCACUGGCAGGGACUUUCCCUUGGAUGGCGCCAGAGGUGAUUCAAAGUCAGCCUGUGUCUGAGUCCUGUGAUACUUGGUCCUAUGGUGUGGUGCUGUGGGAGCUACUGACUCACGAAGUGCCCUUUAGAGGAAUUGAAGGCUUCCAGGUCGCAUGGCUGGUGGUAGAGAAAGGGGAGAGGCUGCUGGUGCCAAGUACUUGUCCAUCCUGUUUUGGACAGCUGAUGAAAGAUUGCUGGGAACUUGAUCCGAAGAAGAGACCAACGUUUAAACAGAUUCUUGCCCGUCUCGAUGCCAUGUUGCAGGAUGAAACCUUACCGGAUCAAACAAACUCGUUCCUGGAACACAAGGAAAUAUGGAGGAAGGAGAUACAGACGACCCUUGAGCGUCUGAAGCGAGCGGAGAUCGAGCUGGGAGUUAAGGAGCGGGAGCUGAAGGAACGGGAGCUGAAGAUCAAGGAACGGGAGAAGAACCUGGAACAGCAGUUUAAAGUUGUUCAACUGGACACACAUGAUGUGAACACAUGGCGUGAAGUAGAUGUGUACCAGUGGGUGAUGCAGCUGGGAUCAGCAGACCACACCCGUGACUUGGUCCAGUAUGCCGACCGAUUCCUGCAGCAUAACAUUAAUGGACGGCGCCUCCUGAAACUCUCACAGAACGAUCUGACGAUCAUGGGUGUUAAAAGCCACGGACAUGUUCUGGAUCUACAUAUGGAAAUUAGUUUAUUGAAAGCUCAUAACCAGAGAUUAUUAAACUUUCCCCCUCUCUCAAUGGAGCAGAGCGCAGCACAGGCCGGGAACUCGGAUUUCAAGACCGUCACGCUCACUCUCAUCUUCGGCCAUCAUGUACGGCAUGGUAAAACCCCUCAGGAACACAAGUGGAAGAUGUACCUGGAGCUUGACGAAGAUGAUGAUGAUGUUACUGCUGACCCUCUGACUCUCAUCAAGGAGGUGGUGUUCACCUGCAAAGUGCCAAACUAUGGCUCCUUUAAACUGAAACAGCCUCCGUUUAUCAUGGAGAAGUGGUGUCUGGGUAUCGAGCCAGCCAUGACUAUUGAAUGUGUCGUUGCAUAUGAGGCGAGCGUCAAGAAGCCGAAGAUGACCCGACAUCUACAUCACCUGGAUGCCUCCAACUCUGCUCCACAGCAGAAAGCUGUCACCUUGACCCUCGAACAGACAGAGGUGACAGCAGACUUUCCCAAAAUCCCUUCCCCCGUCACACCGCGCCGCCCCUCAAGCUCCCCACAGCUCCAAGGAGACUGGCACAGGAGGGAUUCUUUACGGUCUUUCCACAUCGACAUCCCAGAACACCCUGCUGUGAAGUCCGACCUGUGGUCAAGUGUCGUGGCUGGGAGGAAGCCUUCCCUGACCUCGCUCCAGCUGAAGCCCAUCCCGGGGACCAACACGUCACUCUACACCCCACCCCCCUUCGACUGCAGCAGUCACAACCAGUUCCCCACCACCCUUGGUUCCUCAUCACCCAGCAAUCCCCUCGAUGACCAAGGUCAAAGUCAGCGGGGAGCCAAAGUCACAUUUUUCCUUGAAGGGGAGUCUUCUGGGAGUAACGAGAGUGGAUUUAGUGAGACUCCUCAGCCCCAGACUCCAGGGGCUGCUAAGGGAAUGAGGACCUAUUCCGACGCCUGUCGUACGGAGGACGAGGGUGGGACAGGGAGACCAGCUUGUGGCCGGAACAGGAAGAAUGUCAGCAAGGGGGAUGGUGAGGAUGGGCCCAUGAGUGAGGGGUCCUUGAUGAAGGUGGCCAGCGAACCGAAGCAUGGGAGUCCUCCUCAUCAGGAGCGGAACUAUCGGCGGACUGUCAGUGAUGGGCCACCGAACAGGAUAGAGGGCGUGGUUCUGAAGGGUCUAGAGGGCGUGGUUCUGAAGGAUCUAGAGGGCGUGGUUGGGAUGGGUCUAGAGGGCGGGGUUGGGAUGGGUCUAAAGGGCGGGGUUAUGGUGUUUCUAGAGGGGGAGCUGGUAACAACUACAGGCAGAGAGGGAGAGGUGAUGAUAGUUUCAGAGAACAAGGAAAUCACAGAGGGCAUGGGCGAUGGACAGGGACUCAUGGUUGGAGACAGAGCAGCAGAGAGGAGUUUGAAGAAGAGGAAGGAGGUGGGUCUGUUAGGGGGAACCGGAGGUACGAGGAACGUGGGUCAAGACACAGUCGGGGCAGGGGUAGUGGAGGGAGACGGGGGGGACAGAGGGGAAGAGCAGGAAACCAUAGGGGAGGAGGGAUCACGGACAGUCAAGACUCAAGACUGCAUCCUGCUGAACCUACUGGUUCACAGACAAAUCAGGGUCAAAAUCCAAGGUCACAUAGUCUUCAUGGUCAGGACUCUCCGAGAAGAAAUUACCCACCACGUCCAUCACAGACAACAUCCACCCACUGCUGCUGUUUUGGCCAUGAUGCUGGAGAUGAGGAUCCAUCUUCAGGACAUUGCUCAGGCGGAAGUAACUCAGAGGCAUUAUGUGUUUGUGUGUGAUGAGUGA